CGCGGGCGGGGCCGCCUGCCACUGGAGCCGCGGAGCCGCCGGGCCGCGCCGCCGCCGUCGCAGCGGAUCAUGCUACGGAACGGGCACGGCGCGGCGGGCGGCACCGAGCCUCCGGGCCCCGCGGGCCGGCGCGCCGUGCGGGUGUGGUGCGACGGCUGCUACGACAUGGUGCAUUACGGCCACUCAAACCAGCUGCGCCAGGCGAGAGCCAUGGGCGACUACCUCAUCGUGGGUGUGCACACAGACGCGGAGAUCUCCAAGCACAAGGGGCCCCCAGUGUUCACCCAGGAGGAGCGGUACAGGAUGGUGCAGGCAAUCAAGUGGGUGGAUGAGGUGGUGCCGGCUGCCCCCUACGUCACCACGCUAGAGACACUGGACAAGUAUAACUGCGACUUCUGUGUCCACGGCAAUGACAUCACACUGACAGCAGAUGGGCAUGACACGUAUGAGGAAGUGAAGCGGGCCGGACGCUACCGAGAGUGCAAACGUACCCAGGGCGUGUCCACCACGGACCUCGUGGGCCGCAUGCUGCUGGCCACCAAGGCUCAUCACAGCAGCCAGGAGAUGUCCUCUGAGUACCGGGAGUAUGCCGACAGCUUCGGCAAGUGCCCGCAGGGCCGGUCUUCCUGGACCGGGCUGUCCCAGUUCCUGCAGACAUCCCAGAAGAUUAUCCAGUUUGCUUCUGGGAAGGAGCCCCAGCCUGGAGACACCAUCAUCUACGUGGCCGGUGCCUUUGACCUGUUCCACAUCGGGCACGUGGACUUCCUGGAGAAAGUGCACAGCCUGGCGGACAGGGCCUACAUCAUCGCAGGCCUGCACUUUGACCAGGAGGUGAAUCACUACAAGGGGAAGAACUACCCCAUCAUGACCCUGCAGGAGCGGACCCUCAGCGUGCUGGCCUGCAGGUAUGUGUCUGAAGUGGUCAUCGGCGCGCCAUACUCAGUCACAGCAGAGCUCCUAGACCACUUCAAGGUGGACCUAGUGUGCCAUGGCAAGACAGAAAUCAUGCCUGAUAGGGACGGCUCCGACCCCUACCAGGAGCCCAAGAAGAGGGGCAUCUUCCGGCAGGUGGACAGCAGCAGCGACCUCACCACUGACCUCAUCGUGCAGAGAAUCAUCCAGAACAGGCUGGAGUACGAGACCCGGAACCAGAAGAAAGAGGCCAAGGAGCUGGCAUUUCUGGAGGCACAGCGAAGCGGGCAGCUGUGACCUCUGACCCGGCGCACCAGCACCCACGCUGCUUCCCAGCCCAAAUCUGGCACUUUUUAAACAAGCUGAGUCUCGGGGCGCUGCCCUGUGCUGGCUUGGCUCUGCAUCCUGUCCCCUGAGCUGUCAGAGGGGCCAGCAACCCACAGGCAGAGUGAACGGACCUGGGGUCCGUCUGCUGCCCACCCCCUAAUAAAGCUGCCGCCAGGAG